AUGAGCGACGAUGACGACGUCGUGGUCGUCGGCGCCCGUCCUGCACCACCGUCGGACGACGACAUCAUUGUCACAGACGCCGCUGGCAACCCGAUCGUGAUCAUGCGGCCGAUCGUACCCUCGAGUGGUCGGCGGCAUCGUGGGCGACGCCGGCCGCCGCCACCGCCCGUGGCCGACGCCGACGUGAUUGAGCUCCUCUCCGACGAUGAAGAUGCCAGCCCGCGCGUCGUACUCGAUCCACAAGCACAGGCGCGCGCCAACGCGUUGGAGGAGAACCGGAAGCGCGAGCGCAUCGUCGAGGCAGCCAAGGCCAAGAUGCGAUGUCCCUUAUGUCUCGACCCGUACCAGGAAAUGGCAUCGACGACGUGCGGCCACGUCUUCUGCAAAGAAUGCAUUACGUUGGUCGUCGCCAAGAUCCACAAGUGUCCGCUCUGCCAACGCAAGCUCGCGACGCGAGACAUCCACGCCAUCUUUCUCUAA